GGGGUCUCGUGUAGUUUUAAUAAUGCCAAACAAAAAUGUGAUGUGAAAAUGAAUGCUGAAGCAGUUUUAUAACGACAAAAAUCUAUAAACCGGCACUAAAAAAUAAUCUGAUUUGCCGAAGACAAAUAACAUUCAUCAAACAUUCCAGGGUUUUUAGCAAAAAAUAGCACUUUUGGUGUGUGCCCGCCGACGCGUGUCAGGAUUAAGUAGCCUACCUGUAAGAUUAUGAUUGAGGCAAGCAUGGCGCGAUCUGACGCGUCUUCCAUCAUGAUAGAUGCUCUCGUUUCAGAGUGUUCAAAUUGAGUGUUUGUUUUAUUGAACCAAAUGUCAGGACAUCUUGGAAUUGGAGAAAUUUCCUUAUUAUAAAAUUAUGCAGUACCAUUGCUCUCAACAACAGAAUGAAAUUUUCGAAGAUUUAUCAAGUGGAAAGAUUGAUUCUAUUGUUUCAAUAACAAGUGUUUUUCAAACUAUCUCUGGCACUGAAGCAGAUAAACGAUUGGCAGCAGAUCAAGCAUUUCGUAUUACAGUAUCCAAUCUCAUUCAGGAGACAAUAAAAGAAAUUCAUGGGGAUAAAGAAAUGGCAAAUGAUGCGUUGAAAGUUAUUUCACUCACUGUUGUUGCUGCUAAACAAGGUAUGUGUUCGGCAAGUUUACCAUUCAGCCUUCUAGGAGAUUUGUUAGAUUGCCUUACUCUUGACACAUGUGACCCAGUGUUUUGCUUCAUUGAAGAGAGAGUAGCAACGUGGAAAUCUUCACAGUUUUAUACUGCAGGAAAAAAUUUUCUUCUAAGAAUGUGCAACGAUUUACUUCGCAGAUUAUCUCAAGCUCAGAACACCGUGUUCUGUGGUAGAAUUCAAUUGUUUCUUGCUAGAUUAUUUCCACUGUCAGAAAAGUCUGCUUUAAAUUUGUUUAGUCAAUUCAACAGUGACAAUGUGACAAUAUAUAAUGCAAAUGCAGCCGAAUCAAUUCUAAAGAUAAAGUCAGAGGAAAGCAGUGAUGAAGUAUCUGAUGAAAAACCUGUCGUGGUUGAUGUGAAGCCACAGAAAGAUGAAAUAUGGUUGGAUGGGAAUUUAGAAGGAAUGGAAGUUGAUCAGCCAGAAUCCUCUGUUGCUCCGUCUGUUUCUGAUGAUAUCAAGCAAGAACAAGUCAAACAUGAUAAAGGAUUGAUUGUGGAUUAUGAACUAUACUCAAGUAUUUGGAGUUUGCAAGAUUUCUUUCGAAGUCCUACACAAUGCUAUAUACAAGAUUCGUGGGAUAAAUUUAUAAAGAAUGCGGAAUCAGUGUUUCGUGUUUUCAACAGUUUCAAGUUGGAUAAGCACAAUUUUACAGAACGUCAGAUGGACAAGGCAUAUUUUGCUAAAUUCCUCACUUCUGAAAAGCUCACAAAUCUCCAAUUAAACGAUGGAAUGUUUCGUCGACAACUACUUUGCCAAUUUCUUAUUUUAUUUCAAUAUCUAACUGGAACAGUCAAGUUUAAAAGUGCUAAUGCAGUAUUGAAUGAAAAACAGAAUGAAUGGAUCAAGAAAACAAAAGAAAAAAUUUAUUCACUAUUGGAAGAAACUCCACCAGAUGGGAAACACUUUGCUUCAUAUAUAAAGCAUUUACUAUCAAGAGAAGAAUUUUGGAUUCAAUGGAAGAAUGAAGGUUGCACGUCUUUUAUCAAAAAUAAAAAAGAAACAAAAGAAACUGAAAUCAAACAGUCUCAAUCUCCUCCUGCGAAAAGGAGGAAGACUGGAGAUUCUAAUACAACACAGAAACCGAAGCGAAGCACAAUUGCUGAGGAUUUUAUUGCUGGUAAACCACUUGGAAUGGGAAGUGCUGAAUUAACUCGUUUGUGGGAAUUAUGUCCUGACAAUUUGACUGCUUGUAAAUCGGAGAAAAGAAGUUUUUUGCCGACAUUGGAAGGUUUCUUUGCAAAUGGUAUUGAACUCAUGGAUCCUAAAAACAUGGUGGAAGAAGAAUACAUGCCUUAUAAUGAUCCAAAUUUUCAAUGGAGGGCAUUGAGACUUCUUUCACAAAGAAGUCCGUUAUUUUUUGCAAGUCAACCUGCAACAAUGCAGUUUAAAGUUGUGCCUCAAUAUUUAAAAGGAAUUAUGAAGAAAUUAUCUGAAGAGUUUCCACAACAAGUUCCAGAUCAACCCGAAAUGAUUCAAGAGAACGGUGAGGUUGAUAAAAGUCUUGAUGAAGAGGAUGUGGAUGAAGAUCAAAACAUCCAGGAUGAUGACAAGAUGCAACAAGACAAAGAAGAUGAGUUAGAUGAAGAUCAAGAGGAAGAUGAUGAUGACGAUGAGGUUUUAGAAGAUGAAGAAUUCGAUAAUAAUGAUGAUGAUGCUUUGUUGGAUGAUAGUCAACAAGAGGAUGCAGAUUCUGAAGAUGAAGGGCUUCUUGAACCUACUGCACCUGGUGAUACAUUAUCAAGUGACCAAGUCACGACUGUGGCUCAAAAAAUUGGAAAAGAUUGGGAAAAACUUGCUCCUUAUCUCAAAUUAGAACCGAAAGAUAUUGCUGAAAUCAAAGAAGAUUCUGAAGAUGUAAUUUUGCAGGCACGCCAGACUCUUGUGACAUGGCAAGAUAGAAACAGAUCAGAAGCUAGAAAACCUGCAUUAUUACAAGCACUAGUGAAGGCAAAUAUGGAACAUUUAGCGAAGGAGAUAUCUUGAUGAUAAUAGACAUCUGUUAACAAUGUGCAGCAUAUGAAAAAACAGUAGAAAUUUGGUUAUGUUUCACCAUGGUGCUGAAUAUUCGUUGAUUUAUUUCUGAUGUUACAUCACCUUUAAAAUCUUUACUGAUGGAAAUAAAUGAACACGGAAGUCGAUGCUCUCCAUUAGUCCUGAAUGAUCGAAGUUAAGCAGUGAAAUUUCUAAUGUGCAUAUUCACUCAAUGUGCUACCGCUCUGCCCUUUAUAUAAUAAAAAUGAAUGAACAUUUUUUCCUGAAA